AUGUCAUCAGUGGACAAUGCAGAAAAUGGCGUAGGAAAAUAUUAUCAGACAGUGUACUACGUUAUUACCAACAACAACAGCGAUCAGCCGGACUCAGUGGAAAAUUUACACUCGAUCGUCUCAGCCGUCGAUAAAGCAAUCACACGAAAGCGUCGCAGAGAAGAGGUUGUAGGCAUGCAGGGUCAAAUUCCCGGCGCGGUACAAACUCAAGGCGGUUCUCCACAGGCCAUGGCUGCCCAGCAACAACAACAGGCACAGCCGCAAAAUAUAUCGGUGAAAAUGGACCCUACAAAUCAGCUGUCUUCCGCAGGUUUGUUGGAACUGGCGCAUCGCGAAUACCAAGCGGUGGACUAUGAAAACGCUGAGCGUCAUUGCAUGCAGCUAUGGCGCCAGGAAAGCAAUAAUACUGGGGUGCUCUUGCUGUUAUCCUCAAUACACUUCCAGUGCAGACGACUGGACAAAUCUGCGCAGUUUUCUACACUGGCCAUUAAACAAAACCCUCUGCUCGCCGAGGCUUACAGCAAUCUCGGGAAUGUUUAUAAAGAGCGUGGACAACUGCAGGAAGCCCUAGAAAACUAUCGACAUGCAGUACGUCUGAAGCCAGAUUUCAUUGACGGUUACAUCAAUUUGGCCGCUGCACUAGUAGCAGCUCGUGAUAUGGAACAAGCAGUUCAAGCAUAUGUCACGGCCCUACAAUACAAUCCGGAUCUGUAUUGCGUACGAAGCGAUUUGGGAAAUUUGUUGAAAGCGUUAGGACGCCUAGAUGAAGCAAAGGCAUGCUAUCUGAAAGCCAUUGAAACCAGACCAGAUUUCGCAGUGGCCUGGAGUAAUCUUGGAUGUGUUUUCAACGCGCAGGGAGAAAUAUGGCUGGCGAUUCAUCACUUCGAGAAAGCAGUUGCACUCGAUCCGAACUUUCUCGAUGCCUACAUCAAUCUGGGCAAUGUACUGAAGGAAGCGCGCAUCUUCGACAGAGCUGUUGCUGCGUAUCUGCGAGCGCUAAAUUUAUCGCCGAACAACGCUGUCGUGCACGGAAAUCUAGCUUGCGUGUACUACGAACAGGGGCUGAUCGACUUAGCCAUCGAUACCUACCGACGGGCGAUCGACUUACAACCAAAUUUUCCUGACGCUUACUGUAAUCUUGCGAAUGCAUUGAAAGAAAAGGGACAGGUGAAAGAGGCGGAAGAAUGUUACAAUAUUGCAUUACGUCUUUGCCCGAAUCAUGCCGAUUCGCUCAACAAUUUGGCCAACAUCAAGCGAGAGCAGGGCUAUAUCGAAGAGGCGACGCGACUCUACCUCAAGGCACUGGAGGUAUUCCCAGAGUUUGCAGCUGCCCACUCGAACUUGGCUUCGGUGCUGCAACAGCAGGGCAAAUUGAACGAAGCUCUGCUACACUACAAAGAGGCUAUACGCAUCCAACCGACUUUUGCCGAUGCGUACUCAAACAUGGGUAACACUCUGAAGGAGAUGCAGGACGUAGCCGGAGCACUGCAGUGUUACACACGUGCGAUUCAAAUUAAUCCAGCCUUUGCGGACGCCCAUAGCAAUCUAGCAAGCAUCCACAAGGACUCGGGUAAUAUCCCGGAGGCGAUUCAAUCGUACCGGACGGCUUUAAAGCUAAAGCCAGACUUCCCAGAUGCGUACUGUAAUCUAGCGCAUUGCUUGCAAAUCGUGUGUGAUUGGACGGAUUAUGAGACGCGUAUGAAGAAACUAGUGGCAAUCGUAGCGGACCAGUUGGAUAAAAAUCGGCUACCGUCGGUGCAUCCGCAUCAUUCGAUGCUCUAUCCGCUGUCACACGAAUUCCGUAAGACAAUUGCAGCCCGGCACGCAAACCUAUGCCUAGAAAAAAUCAACGUUCUUCAUAAACCACCCUUUAAAUUUGGUCGCGAUCUGGUAGGAAGACUGCGUAUCGGUUACGUGAGUAGUGACUUCGGUAAUCACCCAACAUCGCAUCUCAUGCAAUCCAUUCCGGGGUUGCACGAUCGGCAAAGAGUAGAAAUUUUCUGCUACGCCCUUAGCCCCGAUGAUGGCACAACGUUCCGUGGAAAAAUCAGUCGGGAGACAGAGCACUUUAUCGAUCUCUCGCAAACACCUUGCAACGGUAAGGCGGCUGAUCGCAUUCACGCAGAUGGUAUCCAUAUCUUGGUGAAUAUGAACGGCUACACAAAGGGUGCGCGAAAUGAAAUCUUUGCCCUGCGACCAGCGCCAGUCCAAGUUAUGUGGUUGGGCUAUCCUGGAACGAGCGGUGCCUCGUUCAUGGAUUACAUCAUUACGGACGCUGUCACGUCACCCUUAUCUCUCGAGUCUCAGUACAGUGAAAAACUCGCUUACAUGCCGCACACCUACUUCAUCGGUGACCAUAGGCAAAUGUUCCCACACCUUAAAGAGCGCGUGAUCGUUAGCAACAAAACACAGAACAGCUCAUUGGCAGAUAACGUGGCCGUAAUUAACGCAACCGAUUUGUCGCCAUUGGUGGAGAACACCGAGGUAAAGACCGUCCGAGAAGUUGUACUAGCGAACAAACCGGUCGAGAUCCAGCACAAAGUGGCUGAAUUGCCCACGACAACUCCGAUUGAGACCAUGAUUGCAUCCGGACAGGUACAGACUUCCUUGAAUGGUGUAGUUGUGCAGAACGGGUUGGCAACGACGCAAACGAAUAACAAGGCUGCAACUGGUGAAGAAGUGCCACAGAACAUUGUUGUAACUACGCGACAGCAGUAUGGCUUGCCGGAUGACGCGAUCGUGUACUGUAACUUCAAUCAGCUUUACAAAAUCGAUCCAUUAACGCUACAGUCAUGGGUUACGAUAUUGAAACACGUCCCUAAUUCGGUUCUAUGGCUGUUGCGUUUCCCGGCUGUAGGUGAAGCCAACAUUCAGACCACUGCUCAACAGCUGGGCAUUCCAGCGGGUCGCAUUAUCUUCUCCAAUGUUGCUGCUAAGGAAGAACAUGUACGUCGAGGUCAGUUAGCUGAUGUUUGUCUAGAUACUCCGCUUUGUAAUGGACACACGACUUCGAUGGAUGUGUUGUGGACAGGAACACCGGUGGUAACGCUUCCUGCUGAAACUCUUGCUUCCAGAGUUGCCGCUUCCCAACUAGCAACACUUGGUUGCCCAGAAUUGAUCGCCAAGUCCCGUGCAGAGUAUCAGGAUAUCGCAAUCAAGCUUGGAACAGAUCGAGAAUAUCUAAAGGCUAUACGAGCCAAAGUGUGGUUGGCUCGUUGCGAAAGCCCCCUAUUUGAUUGCAAACAGUACGCUCAAGGGCUGGAAGCGCUGUUCUACAAAAUGUGGGAACGAUUCGCGCGUGGAGAACGGCCUGACCACAUAUCCGCAAAAGAAAAAUAGAUUGCAAUGUGAGCUACAUUCUUCGCGAGAAUGAAAAAGAUUAAUUGUUCGUUUGAUUUAAGCAUUUUUAAAAUCAUUUUUCUUAAUGCAUUUCAUUGCAGCGGAAAAAAUGGAAAAGCUAUUUUGUGCUUUGCUUAUGUGAAUUUGUGUAAAAGGUAGGAUUUUUGUUGUUUUUCUUAUUCAGAUUUUCCUACGUUAGGGAUGGUUGAUUAAAAACAGGUAUGGCAAAGCUUAGGUUUUACGUUCGAAGCAAACAAUUUUAUAGUCGACAGUUAAUGCACUUAGAUGCAGAAAUCUUAAUCGCAAUAAUAGGUAACCUGAUAUUUUCUUGUCGGUUCGCUUUUGGUUGUUCUUAAUUUCUAUUUAAUUCCUAUAAAAAUAUGCCUAGAUAAAGUCAGUGGUAUUUCGUUCGACAUCGUUUGUUUCACACAAACUUAAAUGUGUACAUAGUAAUGAUAAAGUUCCAAAUUUUUCGCGUCUGAAUUCAAGACCUUAUUCCCGAAGGCAAACACUGUUAGAAUGUACUGAGCGGAUUGAUAUAUACUUUAUGGAAGCAGAAAUAAAAAAAUGAGAUUCAUUUUUUUCUAAAACAAGUGCUUGUAACUUACGACAUGAAUAUAUUAUCUGCAACUCGCUGUUCAACAAUAUAGCGGCCAACGGUUUACCGAGGCUUUGUUCCAUAUUGUAUAUACCUGAAAGUUUGUCCACAUUUUACCGAACCGUUGAGAAGUAGGAAGGUCAGAGAGUCGCGUAUAAGGUUCUUUUGAUUAUAUUUCUCUUCAAGCUGUCAAGAAACACUAGAUAAGGUUUUUGAAUGUAUGUUAAAAUAUA